AUGUCGUGCAAAGACACCAUGCAGAGUGAGCGUUGUUGCCGUUACCGUUUGUGCUGCUGGCGCAAGUGGCACUUGGGAUAUUUACAGCCAAAUUGCCAGCCGACUCAAAUCUCUACAGGUGCAGAGACGAAAGUUGAGAAGAGUGGACCUGUGGUGGCAUUUCUCUUCAAGCUGGCGAUGCGGAUCAAGAAAUCCGCGGUGCGGCAGAACCUCUACACACCGCUGUUCGACCUGUUGGUGUUCAAGAAGUUCAAGUCCAUGCUUGGUGGAUCUGGCGGUGGUGCCAUCUCCCCUGAUGUUCAGGAAUGGGUGCGGACAGCCUUUGGCUGUCCGCUCAUUCAAGGUUACGGCCUUACAGAGACCUGCGGUGGCGCUGUGCUUCAAAAGCCGCUGGCAGAUCCAUCCGUUGGAUUCGUUGGAUCCGUCCUGUCCUCCGUCGAACUGACACUUCACUCAGAGUACGGGCACCUCAGAUCCAUCAGAUCCCAGGCCAGACUCAAUUUCCGGCAGUGUCAAAUGAAAUGUUUCAGAUGCCUGACCCAGUAUAUCAUUGAUCAAUAUGUUAUACCAUGUUGAUCCAUUUUGCCAAUAUUUUGCCUAUGUUUUUUCAUAGCCGUUGGGGGCUCCAUCCCCACAUUGAUGGAGAAACCAGACCAGAUAUCACCGACAACGAUGGCAAGCCC